UCGUGUGAGAGUCGACUCACUCUGCUGCUCACCUGCAGCCGCGAGGCAUCUUCUGCAGUUCUGCUGCUCCUGCAUCGGACGGACGGACGGACGACGAAGAUGGCAAAUCCUUGAUGAGGUUUAUGGGUCCGAUCGAAGAGCUCUCCGUGAGACAUGGUGCUACCUGAGAACCCCUCCGGGCCCUCUGCCCCCACGAAGGCCCCCCGGGGGCGCGCCCCGCUGCACCGCAGCGUGCCCUCCCCGGCCCUGUGCUGCGCCUGCGGCCUGUGCAUCCUGCUGGCCGGCAUCAACAUCACCCUGGUGGGGGCCUUCGCCUACGGCACCAUCGUCCCCGCCGGCAACCCGCCCAUCGUCCUCGGGCCCCUCCUCCUGCUGGUGGCCCUGGCCUUCUUCGCCGCGUGCUGCGCGGUCAGCCGCAGGCCCCCGGCCCGCAGGCCCGACGGAGGCGAGAAGUGGGGGCUCAUGCGGGUGGGCGCGGCGGCGUUCGAGAUGGAGACCAGCGACCACAUGCUGCAGGACGCCACCACGGCGGUGCAGCUCAGCCCGGCCGACUCCCCCACCUCCUCCUCCUUGCACGGGGGAGACCCUACUCCCCCUACCCCUACCCCCCCUCCGCCGCCCGCGGCCGGGGAGCUGCACACGUCGGAGAUGUCUGGAGUCGGCACCACCUUGACCUCUGGCCCCAAGGGGAGCCGACCCACGGAGACGCUACCUGCUCCGGACACCUCCUGCCCGUAA